UCAACCUGGACCGUGCUUUACAGGAGCCCUUUCGUUCUCGAGAAGGGGUUGUAGCAUUCUGUGGCCCGUGGUCCGGACCGCUCAGCGCUGCAGGCUGGAGAAGAUGGGACGCGAAACGAUGGACAAUGCUGACCCCUGCUGGGUAAUGGCAGACAAACGAGCACAGAGACCCCUGUCACAUGAGAAAGGCGACUCCGCCUCCCGCCGCUUCGGAAGCGACGUUUCCAAAGAAUAAAACAGAGCGCAGCAGUCGGGUUAAUAAACAGCGAGGAGAUUCCAGCUCCGUCCACGCAGUCAAUAAACCAAAGUGACGGAUUAUGAGAGACACCCCACCGGAUCAAGAGUCAGAGCGGAACGCAUCUCUGCAACUAGAUCAGUGCGGUGCGAGGAGGUAACUGUGUAGAGCCGGUCACAAGAUCAAUUCGGUAGAACAACGCGUUCACUGCCAGCAAGCUGCAGUCUUCUACGUACAUAGUUGUAGUUUUUUUGAAGGCUUUUUAAAUGGUGCACCAUCCAGUCAUGGGAUCGCACCUGUCCCACGGAGGCUUCCGUCCCCUGGCGGAGAGCAGCCGCACGGAGGGGGACGAUGACGACGGCGACUCGCUGGACGGACGGGACAGGCAGGACGACAUCGCGCAGUUCCCGUACGUGGAGUUCACCGGGAGGGACAGCAUCACCUGUCCCACCUGCCAAGGUGCCGGCCGGAUACCCACGGGCCAGGUGAAUGAGCUGGUCGCCUUAAUCCCCUACAGUGAUCAGAGGCUGCAGCCGCAGAGAACGAAGCUCUACGUGGUCAUUUCGGUGGUCCUGUGCCUGCUGGCCUCGGCUCUGGUGGCGUUCUUCCUCUUCCCCCGGUCAGUGCUGGUCAGCGACGACGGCAUCAAGGUGGUGAUGGUGCAGUUCGACCGCAACAACAGCAAGGUCUUCAUCAACAUGACGAGCACUCUGAACGUCAGCAACUCAAACUUCUACACCGUGUCAGUGGACAGCCUGACCAGCCAGGUCCUCUACAUGAAGACCGUGAUCGGGACCCAGCAACUCAGCAACGUGCUGCAGAUCCAGCCGCUCAGCCAGAGACAGGUGAAUUUCACCGUCGCCAUGGAGAUCGGUGGCAGCCUGUCCUACGUCUACACUUUCUGCACAAUGGCAACCAUCAAGGUGCACAACAUCGUGGUCUUCAUGCAGACCUCGGUGAAGACCUCCUACAUGGUCCGCUCUGCGCAGAACUCCCUGGAAGCGUACCGGUACAUCGACUGCGGCUCCAACUCCACUGUGCACCGAGCAGCGGUCCUGUGAGCACGGAAAACCAGUACACCCAGUACAAGCUAAACACAAUCGCCCAGCAACUCUGCAGACAGGGCAGUGCUUUCCAUACACGCCUCUAGACACGCAGGCGCAAAAGGAUUGAUAUUUUUUGAGGGUUGAGGAGGAGCAGCAGCAGCUGCUAUUGUGAGUCGAGGCCCCCCUCUCUCGCGCUCUCUCUCUCUCUCUCUGUAAAGAAAGCAAACCCUGCCGGGGGAGCCAGUUCUGUAGACAGAGCGUGGGCCUCUGGAUCUGCUCCUGUAAGUAGGGCGCUCUACAACAGAUACUAUUGCAUCGUGUGCGAUUUAUUUAUUUUUCUUUUUGCAAUAGAGAAUUCAGUAGAAAAGAAGGGCAGUCUGUUUCAGGAGUGCUUUAUGGUACUAAGUUUGUUUUACUUUUGCAUUGAUAAGUUGCUUGUAGUUGGGAAAGGCUAAUCCUUUGUGACCUACUUCAUUCCUAUUUUAGUUGGAUGGGUUGAGUUGAUUUUGACCUCUCUCUUUCUCUUCUAUUUGUUAUAAUUGUUUUGUAUUAAAAGCAGGAGCUGGAUGAGCCAGAAAGGGUUCGUAUUUGUUCAGGAAUUGAUAUGUUAAGAGAAUGUGUUAAAUACAAACGCCUGCUGGAUUAAUACCAUCGGAAAGUGUCAAAACAGCCAAAUUAGGGAUUGUUUAAUUGAACUGAUGACUUUAACAGACCACACAUGCAAUUCAUUAAAAAUAAUAAGAGAAAAGGAACAGAGGCACACAUGGUAAAACGCAGGAGUACUUUUUAGAAGUCUAAUUAAGACGCCUAAUUAAGCGGUCUGACAUUUCACACGAGUGCCUGUUGUUAAUUCUAUAUCACCGAUUACUGAGCAGAAAUUGAAAUUCUCGCACCCAGAGGUUUUCAUGCAGGGAGGUAUAUAAAGGAUAGAAAUGACGCCUCUGGAGAUGUUCUGAUGCGUCGGCACACUGCUGUGUAUCAGAGUUAUUUGUGUUGCAGAAGGGCUUGGUAAUGCUGCAGCUGUCUGUACGUAGUUAAGCAGAGAUGGAGCCAGUAAAGGCGGUGUGUUUCACAGAGCUUCAAGGGGACGAGGUACUGCUCCUUUAUCGAAUUGAUGUUUGUAUAUGAACUGGUAUUAAAGUUAUCCUUCACCUGCUCUUCAGAGCGUCACUGUAAAAUAACCUUCGAUAAAAUAAAAUAAUUUGUUCGUUU